CUCAGUUCAUGUGCUUCAAGCUGUGAAGAUUUGAUUCUUCUAAAGGGCAUACAAGCUCAAAUGAUUGACUGACUCGUGUAAUGCUUUAUAGGUUUUGCAAUGAUAAGUCCUCAGUUGGCAUCCGCUUGAUGGGCUGCAUGCACUUAUCAACUGACAAGAACACAUUGAAGAGGUGGUUUUUCAUUGAUAAACGGGUUGGAUAAUACUUGGGAAAAAGUAAGAGAAAGUCAGAUUAAUAGACUAAGAAUCAGUUUGAUAUAUACUACUUUUGGGCAAAACUUUGUUGGUGAAUCAAUGGAUUUGAAGUCAAACCAUAGUUCACCUGUCUUGACUGAUCCUGCACCUUUGAGCAAGUCAAGACUGGGCUUGCCCUCUAACAUUACACCAUGUUCGCCGGCAGCAUUGCUUUACUCAUCCUCUGGUUUGUAUCUAACAAUACCUGAAAUACUAAAUGGUAAACAUGAUGAUGUCCUUGUUAAUGGUUGGCUGGACUCAAUGAUAGCAUCUUCACCUCCUCGCAAGAAGUUGAACAAGGAUAUCAUCUCUGAAUCUCAAGUGGAUGAUAAUGAUGCUGCUUAUCAAACCUGGAUUAUAAAUUAUCCAUCUUCUUUAAAUUCAUUUCACCUAAUCACAAAUGAUGCUAAAUGCAAGAUGAUUGCAUUGUUUUUGGACUAUGAUGGGACUCUUUCGCCAAUUGUCGAUAAUCCUGACCUUGCAUUCAUGUCGAGUGCAAUGCGUGCUGCUGUAAAAGAAGCUGCUAAUUAUUUCCCCACUGCAAUAAUCAGUGGCAGGUCUUGUGACAAGGUGCAUGAAUUUGUGAAGUUAUCCGAGCUGUAUUAUGCUGGCAGUCAUGGUAUGGAUAUAAUGAGCCCAAUCAGAGUAUCUGAAUCUUUUGGUGACCAUCCUGAUUGCAUUAAGACAACUGACAGAAAGGGUAAAGAAGUACAUCUCUUCCAGCCUGCUCGUGAGUUUCUACCAAUGAUCAAUGAGGUUUAUAAAUCCCUCAUUGAGAUCACUAAUAAUAUCGUAGGUGUCAAAGUAGAGAAUAAUAAGUUUUGUGUCUCUGUACAUUACCGCAAUGUUGAUAAAAAGAUGUGGGAUCAAGUUGGAUGUUGCGUUUUCGGCUUGCUAAAGGGUUUUCCUCGCUUGCGUGUUACCCAUGGACGGAAGGUUUUAGAGGUCCGUCCUGUGAUCGACUGGAACAAGGGUAAAGCCGUUCAGUUUCUGCUCGAAUCACUACAGCUUAGCCAACGCGACGACGUGCUCCCAAUUUACAUUGGAGAUGAUCGUACCGAUGAAGAUGCAUUCAAGGUCCUGAGGGAGAGUAGCCGUGGAUUCGGCAUCCUAGUUUCGAAUGUGCCAAAGGAAACUAAUGCCUCCUACUCCCUUAGAGACCCAUCCGAGGUACAAGAGUUUCUCAAGUCUCUUGUGAGAUGGAAGAAGUUCACAACAUCACAAACUGAAGAUAUUGCAACAAUAAAGAUUUGAUUGAAAGCAUAGAUAAUAAUCUGGCCUAUAAAGUAGUAGCAAGUGAGCCAGAAAUUUCGUUUUUGUAUUUUUUUUUUAUUGUUUUUCAAGUCGAAGGACCAUGUCUCUUUCAUUUGUAAUCUGUUUAUGGUUGUCACUUGACUCCCUGUACCUUUUGAAGUUAU